CAGCGGAAGGGGGGCGGGAACUGAGCGGCGAUGGCGGCGGUGGAGGAGGAGGAGGAGAGCGGCGAGGCGGCGGCGGACGGCGAAGGGGACGGGGAGGCGCUGAGGGCGAUGGAGGAAAUGGUGGCAGAGCUGUACCGCUUCCGGGACACCGUACUGCACGGCAAUGGCGGCGGCCAUGAUGGUAGAGGCGGCGGCCAUGAUGGCGGCCAUGAUGGUGGAGGCGGCUAUGAUAGAGGCGGCCAUGAUGGUGGAGGCGGCCAUGAUAGAGGCGGCCAUGAUGGUGGAGGCGGCGGCCAUGAUGGUGGAGGCGGCGGCCAUGAUGGUGGAGGCAGCCAUGAUAGAAGCAGCCAUGAUAGAAGCGGCCAUGAUGGUGGAGGCAGCCAUGAUAGAAGUGGCCAUGAUGGAGGCAGCCAUGAUAGAAGCGGCCAUGAUGGUGGAGGCAGCCAUGAUAGAAGCGGCCAUGAUAGAAGCGGCCAUGAUGGUGGAGGCAGCCAUGAUAGAAGCGGCCAUGAUAGAAGCAGCCAUGAUGGAGGCAGCCAUGAUAGAAGCGGCCAUGAUAGAAGCGGCCAUGAUGGUGGAGGCGGCCAUGAUGGCGGCCAUGAUGAUGAUGAUGGCGGCGAGGUCAAAGGUGGGGACGGGACGAAGACAAUGGCGGCGCUGGAGGAGGAGAUGGAGCGCGUCGUGCAGCGCAUGGAGAGCAUGCGGGUAUCCCCGCAGGCUGUACCCCGUGCCCUAUACCUUCGGGGUCGGGCCCUGCUGGCCGCCCCAUUGGGUUCGGUUCGAGCCGAAGCCUUGCUGGGACGGGCCCUGAAACUGGAACCUGGGCUGAGCGCCGCCUGGACCCUGUUAGGGGAAACGCUUUGGGGUCGGGGGGACCUGGAUGGGGCCAGGGCCUGCUUCCGUGGGGCGCUGCAGCACGGCGAGGACGCUGAGGCUCGCCGCCUGCUCUCCAUGGCGCUGCGGCAAAGCGACGGCGCGGCGGCGCUGCGGGAGAGCCUGAGGCACGCCGAGGCCGCUGUGCGGUGCCAGCCCUGCGACGGCAGGAACUGGUAUGUGCUGGGCAACGCCUACGUGUCGCUGUUCUUCGCCGGGGGGCAGCGCCCCGAAGUGGCCAGGAGGGCUUUGGGGGCUUAUGGACAGGCGGAAAAAGUUGACCCGACGGCCGCCUCCAAUCCCGACCUCCACCUCAACCGCGCCACGCUGCUGCAGUUCGAAGAGAACUACGGGGCCGCCCUGGAUGGCUACGCGCGGGCUGCGGCUCUGGCUCCUGAUUGGCCCGAGCCGCGCAUGCGCCGUGCCAGGCUGCUGGAUUACUUGGGGCGGAUCUGCGCCGCCCUGGGUGCAGCGGGCAAGGCCCGGGGCCGGAGGCGCAGGGCGCUGUCGCCGUCGCUGCUGGGAUCUCUGGGGGAAGCCGUGACCCCGAUGGCGGCGCUGGGGGACGGGGACAACGUGGGGCGGGCGCUGCUGGGCCGAGUGCUGGGCUGCGUGCUGCCCGACGAGAGAGUGCCCAUCGCUGUGGGGCUGUCGGAUGGGACGGGCUCGGUGGUGCUGAGCGUUUACAACGCGGCCCCAGGAUGGGGGUUGGCCGUGGGGGACGCAGUCGCCGUGGGGCAGCCCCACGUCCGCCGUCAUCACAUCCAGCAUCAGGGCAAGACGUUCUCCUUCGUGGGGGUCCGCAUCCCCUCCCCACUGGCGCUGAUGGUCAAUGGCCGCCGCCCCCCCCCGGCUCCGCAGUCGCCGCCCCCCCGCCUGUCCUGCAGCUGCGCCCCCGACAGCCCCUCGUUAGAGCGUUAAUUAACGAAG